CUUAUCCCUGCCCUCCGUCUCUUCUUAUCCCUUCUCUUCCUCAUCUGUCUCUCCUCCCUCCCGCACAGAGGACGGGCUCUCCUUCCUGCAACCCAACCCAAAUCGAAUCCCCUCUCCUCUCUCCAGAUGCUGCUCUCUCCUCUCCUCCCUCCUCUCUCCAGAUGCUGCAGCAGCAGCAGGCAGGCAGCAGCCCCCUGCCGGUGAGCCCUUCCCUUCCUCAUAUGUCUUCAGCAUCAGGCAGGCAACAGCCCGGCCUCUCCUCCUCUCCCUCCGGCAAGCGCGUGGCGGCGUGGGGCGAGCGGCAGCAGCGCGCAGCUCUCCCUCUCUCUCUCUCUAUCGUGUUGCAGACCGGCGGCAGGCGGGCGGGGCGAGCAGAAGCAUCGGAGCUUGGGGGCGGCAGCAGCAGAUGCGCACGGGGCGACAGCAGCGCGGCGUUGAGGCCGGCCGGGAGCAGCGGCGGGCUGCAGCGGCGAGCGGCGAGAUGCAGCCAGGGGCGGCACGCGGCGGAGUGCAGCGGCCGCGAGAUGCAGCUGGGGGCAGCGCGCGGCGGGGUGAAGCGGCUGGCGAGGGUAAGCAGCACGCCAAAAGAAUUGACUUGGAAUCAGCCAGCACAGAGGUAAUCGUUCGUGAGGCCAAGUUGUUAGAACAAAAGGCUGAAGAAAGUAUGGAACGUGUGAGGAAGGAGAGCGAGAAGGUACCAUUGAUUAUGAAGGAUGUAUGAAGAACUGCCAAGUUGUCGUUUGGUGCUUUCGCUCUAACAGAGAUUUUUUCGUUUACCGCUUACCUGCGUCACGAGAUAGCUGAACCUGACGAGUGAUGUGACCUCCUAGAUUGCUGCAUAUAACUUCUGCUAUGUCUAUUCGAGAGUUUAUAUACGUACAUGUAAUACGGCCAAGUGAACUCUGUUUACGGUUUUUCUUCAAGUCUUUUUAAAGUUAAACUGUAACAGGUGCGCGAUUGUAGUCCGACAGUAUAUAAAUAUAUAAUUUUUAAACAUCAAA